UUGUUGUCAUUAAUCCGCCGAACCUGAGUCCAGACGCAAAUAUUUAUCGGACUAGUUCGCUUCGAUCCAAAGCAUAUAUAGACCGCAGCUAACCGAAAACUGUGGAGCCCAAAAUAAAUGUUUACAUCGGGCGACGUCGCGAAACUUGUGGUCAUAACCGGCAAUUAGCAGUUAUCAGCUAGCAACCCCUUCGAUCCUCUCUCCGUUCCGUUCAAGAGCAACGUAAAAAGGACAACCGGACACCAUGGCAAUGCAACGGGAAGCUGGAGUGCAGGAUUUCGUCCUCCUGGAUCACGUGUCCAUGGAGAAGUUCAUGGACAACCUGCGAAAGAGAUUCCAAGUCGGGUCCAUCUACACAUACAUCGGCGAGGUGUGCGUCUCGAUGAAUCCCUACAGACAGAUGAACAUCUACGAUCCGGAGACGAUCCGCAAGUACAAGGGUCGGGAGCUCUUCGAGAAUCCCCCGCACUUGUUCGCCAUCGCCGAUGCCGCCUACAGGGUUCUCAAGCAGCGCCAGCAGGACACCUGCAUCCUCAUAUCCGGAGAAUCGGGAGCUGGAAAGACCGAAGCCUCCAAGAUCAUCAUGAAGUACAUUGCUGCCGUGACAAAUGCCCAGGGACAGAACGAGAUCGAAAGAGUUAAAAACGUCCUUAUCCAAAGCAACGCGAUCCUGGAGACCUUCGGCAAUGCGAAGACCAAUCGCAACGACAACUCGAGUCGCUUCGGAAAGUACAUGGACAUCGAGUUCGACUACAAGGCGGAUCCCGUGGGUGGCAUCAUUACCAACUACCUCCUGGAGAAGUCGCGAGUGGUGCAGCAGCAGCCUGGAGAGCGCAACUUCCACAGUUUUUACCAGUUGCUUCGUGGAGCCAACGACAACGAACUGCGACAAUAUGAGCUGCAAAAGGAAACCGGCAAAUAUCACUACUUGAACCAGGGAAGCAUGGACAUCCUGACUGAGAAGUCCGACUAUAAGGGAACCUGCAAUGCCUUCAAGACCCUGGGAUUCUCCACGGACGAGGUGCAGACCAUUUGGCGAACAAUUGCCGCCAUUCUGCACUUGGGAAAUGUGGAAUUUCAAACCAUCGAGGAUGAGUUGGUCAUCAGCAAUAAACAACACUUGAAGUCCACUGCCAAGUUGCUCCAGGUCACUGAAUCCGAACUCUCGGAGGCCUUAACCAAAAGGGUAAUUGCCGCUGGAGGAAAUGUGAUGCAAAAGGAUCACAAUGCCACGCAGGCGGAGUACGGAAAGGAUGCUCUGGCCAAGGCCAUCUACGAUCGCCUCUUCACCUGGAUCAUUUCCCGCAUCAACCGGGCAAUCCUCUUCCGUGGUAGCAAAACUCAGGCGAGAUUUAAUUCGGUCAUCGGAGUGCUGGAUAUUUACGGAUUCGAGAUCUUCGACUGCAACAGUUUUGAGCAGUUCUGCAUUAACUACUGCAAUGAGAAACUGCAGCAGUUGUUCAUAGAAUUGGUUUUGAAACAGGAGCAGGAGGAGUAUCAGCGAGAGGGCAUCGAAUGGACCAAUAUUGAUUACUUCAACAACAAGAUCAUUUGCGACCUGGUUGAGCAGCCGCACAAGGGCAUAAUCGCCAUCAUGGACGAGGCCUGUCUGAGCGUAGGAAAAGUCACGGAUGAUACACUCCUGGGGGCGAUGGACAAGAACCUGAGCAAACACCCCCACUACACGAGUCGCCAGCUGAAGCCGACGGACAAGGAGCUGAAGCACCGCGAGGACUUCCGGAUCACCCAUUAUGCCGGCGAUGUGAUCUACAACAUCAACGGAUUCAUCGAGAAGAACAAGGACACGUUGUAUCAGGACUUCAAGCGCCUGUUGCACAGGUCCAAGGACGCCAAUCUGAGUGAGAUGUGGCCCGAGGGAGCGCAGGACAUCAAGAAGACCACCAAGAGACCCUUGACCGCCGGAACCCUCUUCCAGAGAUCGAUGGCUGACUUGGUGGUGACUCUCCUCAAGAAGGAACCCUUCUAUGUGCGCUGCAUCAAGCCGAAUGAUAUUAAGAGCUCCACAGUUUUCGAUGAGGAGCGAGUGCAGCACCAGGUGCGAUAUCUGGGUCUGCUGGAAAAUCUGCGCGUUCGUCGCGCAGGAUUCGUGCAUCGCCAGCGUUACGAUAAGUUCCUGCUGCGCUACAAGAUGAUCUCGCAGUACACUUGGCCCAAUUUCCGGGCUGGAAGCGAUCGCGAUGGAGUCAGGGUUCUCAUCGAGGAGCGCGGCUUUGCGCAGGAUGUGAAGUACGGACACACGAAGAUCUUCAUCCGCUCGCCGAAAACUCUGUUUGCCUUGGAGCAGCAGAGGAACGAGAUGAUACCGCAUAUUGUGACCCUGCUGCAGAAACGAGUUCGUGGCUGGAUCGCCAGGAGGAACUACAAGAAGAUGAAGGCGGCCAUUGCGAUCAUGCGGGCCUACAAGACGUACAAGCUGCGCAGCUACGUCCAGGAGCUGGCCAAUCGAUUCCGGAACGCCAAGCAGAUGAGGGACUACGGCAAGAGCAUCCAGUGGCCGCAGCCGCCGCUCGCCGGACGAAAGGCGGAGGCCAAGCUGCACAGGCUGUUCGACAUUUGGCGCGCCUGCAUGAUCCUGCGCAAGUAUCCCCGCUCCGAGUGGCCCCAGUUGCGGCUGCAGAUCAUCGCAGCCACCGCCUUGGCUGGAAGGCGUCCCUAUUGGGGCCAGCAGCGCCGUUGGUUGGGUGACUACCUCGCUCGGUCGCAGGACAACAGCGGUUACGAGGUCUACAACACGAUUGUGCGGAACGUGAAGAACCAAGUGGGCGACUCCUUCCGCCAGGUGCACUUCUCCUCCUUCGCCAAGAAGUUCAACCACCACAACAAGCAGGAAGAUCGAGCCUUCUUCAUCACCGACUCAAUGAUCUACAAGCUGGAGGGAAUCAAGAGGAAGUUCAAGCUAAUGAAGCAUUCUGUUGGAAUCAGAGAGUUGACUUCCAUUAGUGUUACUCCUGGACGGGAUCAACUGAUUGUCUUCCACUCGUCCGAAAACAAGGACUUUGUGUUUUCGCUGCAGGGCGAGUACACUCCCCUCAAGGAAGAUCGCAUUGGCGAAUUGGUGGGCAUUAUCUGCAAGAAGUACCACGACUUAACUGCAACCGAGUUGCGUGUGGAUGUGAGCAGCAACAUUGCCUGCCGAUUGAAUGGCAAGUCGAGGACUAUUUCCGUGCAGGCAGCUUCAAACGUGGAGAUUCCCAACUUCCACCAUAAGGAGGGCAAUAUCAUCUUCGAGGUGCCGGCAUCAUAUUGCGUUUAAUGGGAGCGGAGCUUCUCUCCCCAAUCGUAUUGUAAAUUAUGGAACUUAAUUUAAGGACAGGGUUAAGUCCGCCCUUUUUUUCUACUUGUGACCCAAUUUUGUCCAACCGGACAAGUCAACUCUGUGUAUACCGUGCCUUCUGCUAACGACAACAACAACCGCUUUGUAGUUUUUAGAAAAAACGUCUUCUAGUUAGUCCUAUCUGUUUUGUGUGUUUGUUUGAUCGAGGCAUUGAUUGUAAUUUUGUACAUUUUUCUAUUACCUAUGCGUUAAGGAGAUAUUUAUUUACCAUCCAUGUGAGAGCCGGUUGAGCUGGCAGACGAGUUAACAAGAAAGUAUUAAAUGUACUUUGUGCAUUUCUUCAAAUAUGAUUCACAGCACACGACAAACCUUUUGUAUUGAUCAGCGAAACAAGUUUGUACUUAAACGUAGUUCACGAACAUAUGUGUGCCAUUCGCAAUUAAUAUUAUUUUAAUAAUAUACGAAAUAAAAACUGUAAACUUUGUACUUGAAAA